AUGUCCAACACCAUGGCCAUGACGGAGUCUCCAAAGGCCAUCCUCCAUACACUAGUCAAUGCCGAUGGGUCUGCCACAUACACCGCGGCCAACAACGGCUGUCAGAUCAUCGCCGGCGUCAACUAUCCCGUCGAGGUGCCAUACCGAAGCGAUGAGAUUCCAGAAUCUACGUUUAUUCAAGUCAAUCUGAGACCACACAAUGGGGUGGGCAUGGUUAAGGAGCGACAUGUAGAGGAACUCAUCAUGCGGACGCUGCAGACUGUUGUCCUAGGCGAUGAAACCCCUAGAACGAUGCUUCAGAUCACCCUGCAAGUGGUGAGUGUCGAGAGCGACGAAAGCCUGCCCGGAGGGGUGAAAGGGGGCGGGCAAGGUGAGACAUAUCUCGACGUCCUCACCUCCGCCUUGAAUGCUAGUAUCCUUGGCUGCCUGGACGCUGGCGUGCAAAUGAAGGCGGUCGCAGGAGCAGCACUGGUGGGAAUCAGUCAAGAUGGACGAUUGAUUGCCGGGCCUAGUGUCGUGCAACGGAAGAAGUGCACCUCGUUGCACGUGUUUGCGUUCACCAGUGACGGCAAGACCGUGUUGAUGGAGAGUGAAGGCAAAUGCAGUGUGGGCGACUGGAAGCAAGCUCAACAAGUUGCCAGGUCGGCUGUGCUGGGAACUGUCAACAAACAGCACAACGGAGACGUUGCUAUGAACGGAACGAAUACUUCGUCGGAAUACUCAGGUCUCGGCGUGCUUGAUGUGAUCAGAAAAGCACUGGAAGCCCGGGUGAUUAAGGAUGGAGGCCAGCGACACGAGUCACAGGACUGA